AUGUUCCGCCACAGCACCCUCACCCUCUCGAGGGCAUCGUGUCGUGUGCCUCGCGUCGGCCUUGGCCUUGUCCGCAGCGACGUCGCCGCCGCCUCCCGCCGAAGCAUCCAGGGCCCGGGGGGCUUCUCGCCCCUCCGGCCGCCAUCGCCGGAAGAGCUGGGCGCCCCGAGGGCAGCCAAGCAGUACAAGAAGGGGAGGAGAUGGACGCGCUGGCUGGUCGUGGGCCUGGCCGCAGGCGGCACGAUAUACGUGGCAGACCGCCAGAUUUACGCCUCGGGGUUCGCCAGGACGCUGCGCACGUUUACGACGACGCUCCUCGUUGCCCUCGACUACAAGGUCAACUUCAGGCCGGAGCCGCUGACGGCCGGUUCUGUGCCGGAGCUGCACGCUCGCAAUGCGGAGCGGCUGUUUGACUUGCUCCGCGCCAACGGCGGGCUGUACCUCAAGAUCGGCCAGGCGAUUGCCAUGCAGAGCGCCGUCCUGCCGCCCGAGUUCCAGAAGAUGUUUGGGCGCAUGUUUGACGACGCGCCGCAGGAUGACUGGAGGGACGUCGAGGCCGUGAUCCGGAGGGACUUUGGGAAGAGCGUCGAGGAUGUGUUUGGCGUCAGCUUCACGGGCAAAGAGGGCAUGGGCGUCAUGGAGCGCAAGGCGAGGGCGAGUGCCAGUGUUGCCCAGGUCCACUGGGCGAGACUGCCGGAUGGGCGCGAGGUGGCCAUCAAGAUUCAGAAGCGGGAGAUUGCCAAGCAGAUUGCUUGGGAUCUAUGGGCUUUCAGUGAUGGGGAGGACGAGGAGAGGAUCCUGACAAAUGCACGCAGGGCCGUUACAUGGAUCUACUCCAAGUGGUUCGACCUCCCGCUUUACACACUCGUCCCCUUCAUCACGGAACGUCUCGAGUUAGAAACGGAUUUCCUAAACGAGGCCCAAAACUCAGAGACGAUGAGAAAUCUAGUCAACUCGGAGAGCAGCCUCAGGGGCCGAGUCUACGUGCCCGUCGUCUACUCCGACCUCACCACGAAGCGCGUGCUGACGACGGAGUGGAUCGAAGGCGUCCGGCUCUGGGACAAGAAGGCCCUCACGUCGCGCUGGCUUGGCGGCCACGGCAAAGGCUCGCCGGGUGCGAAGACGGCGCUGCCGCCUGUAGACAUGGCCGCCGCCCGCCGAGAGCUCCGCGCAAGGCCCUACAAUGAGAAGAUCAAGCCCGAGCGCCAGGAGUGGAAGGGCGCCCGCGGCCGCGGCGGCCUCGGCCUCUCCACCAAGGAAGUCAUGACGACCAUGGUCGACUUGUUCUCGGCGCAAAUCUUCAAAUGGGGCGUCGUCCACUGCGACCCCCACCCGGGCAACAUCUUCAUCCGGCGUCUGCCCAGCGGGCGUGCCGAGCUGGUCCUCAUCGACCACGGCCUCUACGUGUACAUGUCGCCGACGUUUCGGCACCAGUAUAGCGCCUUUUGGAAAGCCCUCAUGACCUUUGACAACAAGACCAUCUCGAGGGUCACGUCGGAGUGGGGCAUCAAGGGCGCCGACUUCUUCGCCAGCGCCACGCUCAUGCGCCCCUACGAGGGCGGCGACAACUCGCUCCGCAACAGUAUCAAGAAUGACUUGGAGGGCAAGACGCCCGCGGAGCGACACUACGCCAUGCAGCAGCUGAUGAAGCAGAGUCUCCGCGAUAUGCUGGCCGACGAGGAGAAGUGGCCCAAGGAGCUUAUCUUCAUCGGAAGAAAUAUGCGCAUUGUCCAAGGGAACAAUCAGUAUCUGGGAUCACCCGUCAACAGGGUCAAGAUGAUGGGCGAGUGGGCGAGCAGGAGCCUGUUCCAGGAUAAGAACCUCCCCGUGACGCAGAGGAUGACCAACGCCUGGAGACACUUGCUCUUUAAAACAGUCAUGUUUGGGACCGAUGUGGCAUUUUACUUUUUCAAGCUGAGGCAGUGGUUGGGACUGGGGGGUGGCAUGGAAGACGAGAUGGAGAGGAGAAUGAGAGGUGUCGCGCAGGACUAUGGCAUUGAGUUGCAGCAUGAUGUUUUUGAGGGAUAA